ACCCAACCAGUGAAGGUCGCCGUCACCCUCGGAGUAUUGUCUUUUCCUCUGUAAGAAGAGUUGGUACUCCUUAAUUGGUUUACUUUCCUUCCUAGUUUGACUGUCGUCUGCUUCUGGAAGGGGAUCACCGUGUCCGGGUUCCAGUGAAGAUCCCAGGUCCGCUGAAGUUUACGUGACCUGAAGAUCCUUGGCACAGCAAUGGGGACCAGGUUUGCCCCUUACUUCACUAACCUCGAUAGGGGGACACUUGAGCAGUAUCUUCUGCUUGUUGGUCAGUGAGCUCUUAACGACUGCAGAGCUCAAAAUGACAUAUCAAACAAAAGCACUUGUUAUACAGCCAAUUUGGUUAAGUUUUCAUCAGCAGCCAAUCAUGGCGAGCCUCGUCUGUUUCCCUCAAGUGUACAAUUCCUAAUAAAAACCUGUGCACCUAUUUGCUUUGUGAUUUGUUUUUGCCUCCUACAACAAAUGUACUGAUUGCAGGAGAAAGGAACAUUUGCAUGAGAAAAAAUGUUGGUAACUAAUAUAUUCAGCAUCAUCGUUUCCUUAUAUGCAGUGUUUCAUACGUCUGAGGAAUACGGACUGAAUAAUGAAGAAAAAAAGGCAAUCGUUAAAGCUCACAAUAAGUACAGAAGUUGGGUCAAACCAACGGCCACCGACAUGCUUAAAAUGAAUUGGAACGAUGACGCUGCAAGAAACGCACAGGAUGUUGCAAGUUCCUGCACAGGAUAUCACAGUCACCCAUCGAAAAGAACUAUAAAAAAACCAUCUUAUCUUAACUGUGGAGAAAACAUCUAUAUGUCAACUGCUAAGGAUGACUGGGAAGAGGUGAUUAAAGACUGGCAUGAUGAAGUUUUCGAUUUUGUUUAUGGAAGAGGAGCUAAGAAACCUCAUGCAGCCAUUGGACACUACACCCAGCUUGUGUGGGCCAAUACCAGCUGCGUUGGAUGUGGAAUGGCGGAAUGCGGAGGGUCGUUUCCAUACGUGUUUAUUUGCCACUAUUGUCCAGCUGGAAAUGAUGCAAGAAUGAUGGCUACGCCAUACUGCAAAGGAAAGCCUUGCUCAGCUUGCAAAGGAAAAUGUGAAGACAAUUUAUGCAUUAAACGUUAAGGACAGAAGUAAAGAAAACAGAUGAAGCGCGCUGACCUUGGCCCUUGUUGCACAUCUUACUUUGCUAUUCUAAAUAUAUAUAUCAGUUUAAAGGAGACGUUCAUGCUAUAGUUGAUUUUUUUUACUCUUCAACUUCCUUAAAUUUCCACUAGUAUAUUCGCAAGAGUCUUAUGCUCAGUACCCCCUGCAGUUUGGGCUAAUACUUCUUCCUCAGCCCCACAUGCAAGUGGUCCUUCUCUAUGGUGUUAGCAAAUUCUUGUUUCACUAUAUGAGGCUCUGAGAUGGAACCUGCGAGAGAGUAUCUCACACACAAUGGGGUACCAUGCAUAGGACCUCUAUAGCUUUACUAACUGGAGGUGGAUAGAUCAAGGAAAUAAUAGAUUUUGCUUAUACUGUAGUUCAUUUUUAAAAGCAUUCAUGUGCAGUUAUAGUCUGGUCAUUUCAUUUAGUGUUGGUUUGAUGGAGAAGCUGAACCUAAAAUAGGGGAGGAUGAAUUGUAUCGUCUCACUUCUCUUCACUAGGCUGCCAGAUUUCUCUGAAACUAGAUACCACAUGUCAAGUCACUGACUUGAAUCAAUAA